AUGCUGGCGACCCAGCAGUUCGUGGCGUGCGGACUAAACGUCGGCCACAGACCCGUAGAUGCUUUCUACGGCAUACCCUACGCCGAGCCACCUGUCGGUUAUCUCAGGUUUCGAAAGCCUCGACCUGCAUUACCUUGGAAAGGCAUCCACUACGCCACGCACAAGAGACCUCCGUGCUCCCAGAAGUCCUGGGAACUCACGCAGGGUUUCACCAUCGACGCGUCGAACACCACCGAGGACUGCCUGCACCUGAAUGUGUGGACGGCCGCCCGGUACUGCUUUCACCCGAACAUCGGGCUAUGUACCACCAAGGCCGUCAUGGUGUUCUUCCACGGUGGCGGCUUUCAGUUCGGCGGGAACAGCUACUCCGUCUACGACGCCCGAUACCUGGCCCUCUUCGGCGACGUCGUCGUGGUGGUGCCAAACUACAGGCUCAACGUGUUCGGUUUCUUGAACGCCAACGUUUCCGACGCACCGGGCAACAUGGGCAUGUACGAUCAGAUCCUGGCGCUUGAGUGGAUCCAAAAGAACAUCGCCAUGUUCGGCGGCGAUCCUAAUCGCGUGACGAUGUUCGGCCAGAGCGCCGGUUCAGUUUCCAUAGGCUACCACCUACUGUCACCGCUGACCAGGGGGCUCUUUAGGCGGGUCAUCAUGCAGAGUGGCACACCUUACUGGAAGGUACCCGACAACACCUUCACGGGCAAGCUCAAGGUCCAGCAGCUGGCCGUUGGCCUCGGCUGCCCCGUCGGCGAGCGGGGUAACGUGCUCGCCGAACCCGGAAAGGUCAUCGACUGCAUUCGUUCCAGGAGCCGCUCGAGCAUAUACCGGGCCAUGAAGGACGUGUUCGGCGUCGAAGAGCACUACAUGAUCCCGGCCUACUACAGCGAGUUCCUUCCUUUCGAACCUGUCCUGGCCACCGAGAGGGGUCAGUUCCAGGACGUCGACCUCAUGAUCGGCAACGUCAGGAACGAAGGCACCGGCAUAGUGGACCACUUCUUCUGGAAGAUCUUCAACUUCAAGGACUACACCAAGAUCACCGUGGACGAGAUAUGGUUCUACAGCCUGCUGGUCUUCCGCGUCAUCUUGGGCAAGAAUCCGGCGCCCAUCCGCGAGCUGUACCUGAGCGACCUGAACGAGACGGACUCGUGGAUGGCGCUGAAUCGGUUGUCUGACGCUGUGGGCGACUUCAGCCUCAUCUGCCCGUCACAGCUGUUCGCCGAGGCGUACGCCAAGCGCAAGAACAACGUGUACUAUUACAUAUUCAACCACCGACCCUCGUUCAGCGUCUACCAGCCCUGGACGGGCGUGGCGCACGGCGACGAGCUGGGCUUCGUGUUCGGCUUUCCCGCUCCUCUACCCACAGCACUCAACCGACGAAGAAAAGAUCCUGUCCAGGCGGAUGAUGCGCAUAUGGUCGACGUUUGCGAGAACUGGGAAGCCGCCGACGGUCGGAGGCCAACUAUGGCCAAGGUACACACGCGAUCACGCUUUCCACCUGAACAUCAACCUCAAGAACUAUUCACACGGCAUCGACUUCCGGAAGAAGCUGUGCUCCUUCUGGAGGAAGUACCUCGUUCCCACGGGUUCCUGGUGACCGUGGCCACAACCGCGACAGACUGCCGCGCACCCAUCUUGUGUACAGUUCUUCGUCUCAUGCUCCGAUAUACAUGCCAUGUCGUUAAACGUGUUACAAAUAUGACGCUUGUGCCAUCACGCUGUGCGUACUUUGUUCUCCGUCGUUCUGUCCAACGGUGUGUGCUGCUGAGCAGCUUCGUGAAUAUAUUGUGCCGAAGCUUCUGGAGGAAGUGCAGAGAUGAGAAGAGACUGAUCUUCAGGCUUUCAUUGACGGUGAAAGACGAUGCACGCGUCGAGAGCGAGGAUAACUAUGCAAGUGCUUGGAAGGAAUGCGAUCUCAGCGAUUCUCCUCGGGGCACUGUUGGCCGCCUUGCAAUUCCGCACCGCCGAAGGGAUUCGCCCCAAGGACCACCCGGUGGUGUUCACCAGAUCGGGGUACGUGAUGGGCCGGACCAACGUGUUCUUCAACAAGCCCAUCGACACCUUCCUGGGCAUUCCGUUCGCCGAGCCACCGUUGCGGGAACUUCGCUUCCGCAAGCCGAUGCCGGCCAAGCAGUGGGAAGGCAUCUACAAUGCGGAGCAGAUGCCCUUUCCCUGCCUGCAGUACGACACGUUCGUGCACCAAGAACAUCACCGUCGACGCCUCCAACAGCACCGAGGACUGCCUCUACCUUGAACGUGUGGACUCCGGCGUUGCACUGCAACACCAUCGAGAACUGCGGCGCCAAGAGCGUCAUCGUGUUCCUCCACGGCGGGGGUUUCGACACCGGAGGGAACAGCUACUUCUUCUACGACGGGACGCAGCUGGCAGCCCUGGGCGACGUCGUGGUCGUGGUUCCCAACUACCGCCUGGGCGUCUUCGGCUUUCUGAGCGCGGGCCACCCCGACGCGCCGGGAAACAUGGGUCUCCUGGACCAGCUGGCGGCGCUCCGGUGGGUCCGCGACAACAUCGUCCACUUCGGCGGCCGUCCGGAGUCGGUGACCCUCAUGGGCCAGAGCGCCGGCGCCAUGUCCGUCGGCUUCCACAUGGUGUCGCCGCUCAGUCGCGGCUUGUUCAAGCGAGCCAUCCUGCAGAGCGGUAGCCCGUACCUCCUUCAGCCGGCGAGCCUCAAGGCGGGCGUCGAGCGAGUCCAGCUGCUCGCCGAGGCCGUGGGCUGCGCCGACGAGAACGUGACCCUGUCCAGCCAGCGGCACCACGUGCUCGAGUGUCUGCGCUGGGCCAACGCUUCGGCCCUGAUGGCGGCCAACAGGGAGCUGAACGUGCUGAACCCGUCCAGCUACUUCCCUUCCUACGGAGACGAGUUCCUCCCGGACGACCCGCGAGCGCUUAUCGAGCGUGGUGAGAUUGCGGACGUGGACGUCAUCAUCGGCACCAACAGGAACGAGGGCAGCCCGUUCGUCAACUACUUCAUGGUCAAGGUUCUGCGCCAAGAGGACCCAAGGCGCCUGACCCGCGACGAAGUGGGCUUCUACCUCAUCCUGCUUUUUCACCACGUGUUGGGCGAGAGUCCGCGUGAGGUCACGUCACACUACCUGCGUGACGUCAGACCGGAAGACGGCCGUGGAGCGCUGGCGGCCGCUGGCGACGCCAUCGGAGACUUCCUGUUCCAGUGCCCGGUCAACUACUUCGCCGAGAACCUGGCGGCGAGGAACCGCACGGUGUACAUGUACUACUUCGACCACCGGCCCUCGUACAGCUGGUGGGGGGACUGGCUGGGAGUGGCCCACUUCGACGAGUUCUUCUUCGUGUUCGGAACGCUGUUCCGAGACAUGCACAUGUCGACCAUGGAGGAACUCGAGUUCAGCUCGAAGCUCAUCCAGAUAUGGUCUACAUUCGCCAGGAAAGGGAAAGUGCCCAAGAUCCGCGGUAACCGUUGGCCCAAGUUUACGGCCGAGUGGCCCCUGCUGCUGAACUUAAGCCCAAAGAACUUCACCGUUGGCUGGGAGCCGCACGCCGAAAACUGCCGGGCUUGGGAACGCUACCUCAAGGUGUCACCGGACAACGCGGUGGCCAGUUGACCGACGACAGAAACGAUUCAGUGAUCCGUUGAAAAGAAACUAAUGGACCUUGAGUGUGCAGGGGCAGUCCCCGGACUUUGUGACGAACCGACGAUGCAGUCAGUGGAGAAGACUGCCAGCGCCGAGUGGUUUGUGCAACUUUUAACCCGUUCAAAAGCACUAGAGGCCAGUGAAAUGCCUGUAUCACCUGAGCAUUGUGUGAGAGGUCAACACCGCGUGCACUGUUAUGCACGCUUUGCGCUGGUUUGAGAGAACGUAUAUUCAAUUGCACUUUCCCGUCAUGCUUCGCGAGCGAGCUGUGGCGAACAAGAGCCUAUAUUUUCGGCCGAAUACUUUCGCGCGUACAUUUACUUAAUGCCCAAAGCGACGACUUCAGUGGAAGAGUGGCCAUUAUACCAGUGACCAAGCCAAUUAACGCACAGUGUUACAGACAUCGCCGAAAGUGAACCAUCGAGAAUGAGGCGCCAACAACCAGGAACGGCCGCCAAAAAGAACUGUACUUAAAGCCCUGUGGGCGGCACCGCUCGCUGAGAACUUGACUGUGCUCAGUAUAGCCACUGAUGGCCCUUCGAUAACAUAAAAAGGCGCUGGUGUAGCCUAUACUCAACGACUUUCAUUAAUUAAGUCGCUCGUCGUGCGCCUCUGAAGACGUGCAAAGGCGCGCGUCUUUUAGCCAUUUUGAAUUCCCUGCGUGGGACACAGAUUUUUAAUUCGUCGAAGCGGUGGCCUACGUGAUGUUCCUGCUCCUGCAAGUUUUUUUUCCCGUCGAGCAAUUUCCCGCAGUGAAAUAAAGUUGUGUUAUUUGUUGAAAUUAUUGGAACACGAACGCUUUCGCCGGUGAUUCCCAUUGGCUUGCGUCUCCCG